UUCCGGCGGGGGCGCGGCUUGGGCUGAGGUAGGGACCCGGCCGGGCGCAGGGACUGGAGCGGCGGAGCAGGUGGGGUCCGUGGCCGCUGCAGCGCUCUGGUCCGCGUUUGGGCAUCUCGGCCUCGGCGGAAAGCGCAGCCGCCCUACCGCGCGGGGCCCGCGGCGAUGCCGUUCCUCCACGGCUUCCGGAGGAUCAUCUUCGAGUACCAGCCGCUGGUGGAUGCGAUUCUGGGCUCCCUGGGGAUCCAGGACCCCGAGCGGCAGGAGUCCCUGGACCGACCCAGUUAUGUCACCAGCGAGGAGAGCCGAAUCCUUGUUCUCACCGAGCUGCUGGAGAGGAAAGCCCACUCUCCCUUUUACCAGGAAGGCGUGAGCAACGCCCUGCUCAAGAUGGCUGAGUUGGGGCUGACACGAGCUGCCGACGUUCUCCUGCGGCAUGGGGCCAAUCUCAACUUUGAAGACCCAGUCACCUACUACACGGCUUUGCACAUUGCCGUCUUGCGGAACCAGCCGGACAUGGUGGAGCUGCUGGUGCAUCACGGGGCCGACAUUAAUCGGCGGGACCGGAUCCAUGAGAGUAGCCCCUUGGACCUGGCCAGCGAGGAGCCUGAGCGCCUGCCCUGCCUGCAGCGUCUCCUGGACCUUGGAGCGGACGUCAAUGCUGCUGACAAGCAUGGAAAGACCGCUCUGCUCCACGCUCUGGCCAGCAGUGACGGGGUGCAGAUCCACAAUACUGAGAACAUCCGGCUCCUACUGGAAGGAGGGGCCGAUGUCAAGGCCACCACCAAAGAUGGGGACACGGUAUUCACCUGCAUCAUCUUCCUGCUUGGUGAGACUGUGGGAGGGGACAAAGAGGAGGCCCAGAUGAUCAACCGCUUCUGCUUCCAAGUCACACGGCUGCUGUUGGCGCACGGGGCUGACCCCAGUGAGUGCCCGGCCCACGAGUCCCUCACCCACAUCUGCCUCAAGAGCUUUAAACUGCACUUCCCCCUCCUGCGCUUCCUGCUGGAGUCCGGAGCCGCCUACAACUGCUCCCUGCACGGCGCGUCCUGCUGGUCCGGCUUCCACAUCAUCUUCGACAGGCUUUGUUCCCACCCAGGCUGCACGGAAGACGAGAGCCACGCGGACCUUCUGCGCAAAGCUGAGACUGUCCUGGACCUCAUGGUGACCAACUCUCAGAAACUCCAGCUGCCUGAAAACUUCGAUAUCCACCCUGUGGGCAGCCUGGCAGAAAAGAUCCAGGCGCUCCACUACUCCCUGAGGCAGCUGGAGAGCUAUCCCCCGCCCCUCAAGCACCUGUGCCGUGUGUCCAUCCGGCUCUACCUUCAGCCGUGGCCUGUGGACGUGAAGGUCAAAGCCUUGCCUCUGCCCGACAGGCUGAAGUGGUACCUUCUUAGCGAGCACAGUGGCACCAUGGAAGAUGACAUCUGACAGGUCUCAGGCUACAGGAAUGGGGGCAUGGGCAGCUUAGGUCAGCUUGGUGGUGGAACCUGGGACAACCUUAGAGGAGGAUCUUUCUUGAUCUGGGAGAAGAGACGGGAUCCUUCACGAGAAAAGCCAGCCAGGCAGAGCUGGAGGCUGUGAUGACUCCAGUGGUGGUGUGGCUCCGUGUCUUCCAGAGACUGCCCCUUCCCCCAGCGGCACUCCCAAGUCUCACCCAUGUUGGAAAAAGGGACAGGGCUUAGAUUUAAGUCAUAUUUAUGUCCUCUGAAUUGGAGGGCAGCACCAGGGCAUUUGCAGAAGCUGGGCGGGACCAAGGCUCAACGUUCCCAGGGCUGCGGGGAUCUCGUUUGCUACGGAUGGCAGUACAGCUGGAGGUCAGGAAGCCUGCGCGGGGCUGCCAGCAAGGCCUCACCCCUGCCCCUUUUCCUUCCAGGUUCUGUUACAGUGUGUGUCUGGUGGGUUCUGGGGGAGAAGGCACUAGGGGCCACCACAGGCUUGUCUUCAUGGUAUUGAAAGCCAAGCUGUCCCCCGCUGGUUGCUGUCACUCUGGGGCCAGGUCUGCCAUGGCCCCACCCACCAGAACUGUGCUCUGGGGGCAGCUGUGCUUGUGCCAAACCCAGGGCCUCAGCGACCAUGACUUCUGCUAAAAAGCAAUCAUGAGUACGCGGCUGGGGCCAGCCCUCUGAAGGGUCUCCUGUGAGGCACUCACUUUGGAGCAGGCUGAGCCCACUGUACUGCCCAGCAGCGAGCCCUCAGUCCCUUCCAGGUUGCGUUGGUCAUUGUGGAUGGUGUAAAUGCCUCUGGGGAUAACUGAGGCGACUACGUGACAUAUUUAUAAGAUUAAACGGACUUUGGCCUUAACA